CACAGACGGCCGACCUUGACUGACACCAAGAAGUUUCCAACAUUCGAGUAGUACUCUCUCUCUCUCUCUCGUCUUCCCACCUCCAAAUUAGAGCGAGAGAGAAACACCGAAAAAGAUGGUGACCUCGUCGGUGGUCAACACGUACCCACUGUCGAGCUACACCUUCGGUACGAAGGAGCCCAAGAUGGAGAAAGACACUUCUGUUGCUGAUCGCCUUGCUCGAAUGAAAGUCAACUAUAUGAAAGAGGGCAUGAGGACUAGCGUCGAAGGAAUUUUAUUGGUGCAGGAACAUAAUCACCCCCAUAUUCUUCUUCUGCAAAUUGGAAACACAUUUUGCAAACUUCCUGGUGGGCGUCUGAAGCCGGGAGAGAAUGAAAUUGAGGGUUUAAAAAGAAAACUUUCUAGCAAACUUGCUGCUAAUUCAACUGCUCUUCAGCCUGAUUGGCAGAUAGGUGAGUGUGUGGCUAUCUGGUGGAGGCCAAAUUUUGAAACCAUCAUGUACCCUUACUGUCCUCCGCACAUAACAAAACCGAAGGAGUGUAAGAAGCUUUUCCUUGUUCACCUGUCUGAGAGAGAGUACUUUGCAGUGCCAAAAAAUUUGAAACUUCUUGCUGUUCCACUGUUUGAGCUCUAUGAUAAUGUUCAGAGGUAUGGACCUGUUAUAUCCACCAUUCCGCAGCAGCUGUCUAGAUUCCAGUUUAGUAUGAUCCACACGUAA